AUGAAAAUUCCAACUAUGAAAUAUUUACAGUGGCACUUUGAAAUUGAAAAAUAUAUGCCUUAUGUUUGUGGAACGAUUUUGUUUGUCAGCGUUAUAGGUGUGAUAUCUAAAAGAGUAAAAAUAACCAAGCUAAGUCAAGUUAAGCGUGAUAAGGUCGCAAGAGGAUAGACAACGAGCCUGCCCUGCCUAUCUGGCGCAAAACCACCUAAGCUAAUAAUUAGAUCCCUAUGUUAGACCCACCUCUUACGAAUGCAUCAUUUGUCGCUAUAAGCAAAGACUUAGUGAGAGGAAAAAUUGUCUAACCCAUCUGGCAGACAGGGGAAGCUUCGGGAGAAACAAAACUUCUUUCUUUGGCGGUAUCCCCAAGCCCGAAGGCCUACUUUAAAAGUGACAGAGGCACUAUUUUCAGCUUCAUUGGAAUGGUUCCUACCUUCUCUAUCGGAAGUGUGUCUCUGAGCCCAUCUUCUAUUGACGUCGCCAUUUUAUUUCUUAGCCAAGCUAGGGUUUCUGAAUUUUAGUUUUAGCGAACAUUCUUAACUUGAUCCCUAUUUAUUUAGUCUGCGAUUUAAAUGAGAACAAAAUGUGCAAGAAUUCAAUACAGUCUAUUUUAAUAUUAUGUCUACUUUUACACGAAUACAAAAAUAUAAAUGACUUUUUCAAUUUGUAAAAAUAAAUUAGGUCUAUUUUUAUAUGUUAUUGCUUGAUGAAGUCUUCAUUUUAUAUUUCCUUAUAUUUUUCAUAUCUUUUUUGCUGGGUAGAAUUUUUGCUUUUAUUGAUUUCUGCUUUAAGGAGUUUUAUAGUAUUUUUGAAAUUUAAUGAGGAUUCAGCUCAAAAUUUCUUUAAAUUUUUAUUGAUAAUUUUGAUAGGCUCCAAUUGAUAUUUUUCGGCGAAUUUGAAAGGAUCUUGCUAUUGAAAUGGCCAGAGAGAUUUAGUAACAGAGCUUUCAUUUGUUGGCUUAAUUUUUGUGGUUGUUUUAUAUUGAUUCUUUUCCAGAAAAAAAAUUAAAUUAAAUUAA